AUGAAAGACCAAGAUAUUGUCGGCAAGGCGCUUGCCUCCGUCCUGCCUCAGCAUGAUAGAACCUGGCUGCGAAUCCCCCAUCUGCUGAAACUGAAUCUCAUCCUUCUGAUCCCGCUGCUCUCGUCUGCAGUAGCAGGUUAUGAUGGCUCCCUGAUGAACGGUCUUCAAUCCAUUUCUUCAUGGAAAACCUAUUUCGAUAACCCCACGGGCUCGAUCCUCGGCGUUGUCAACGCAGCCCAGUCGAUUGGGAGCGUGAUUUCACUCCCCGUGGUCGGAAUACUCUCUGACAGAAUCGGCCGCCGGUGGACACUCCUAUCCGGGGCAAUCGUCAUCAUCAUAGCGUCCAUUAUCCAGGCGGCAAGUGUCCAGUACGGCAUGUUCGUCUUCAGCCGUGUUCUCGUCGGGAUAGGGAGUAUGCUCGUCGUGCAACCGAGCCCGAUGCUGAUCACAGAAUUGGCGUACCCGACACACCGUGGCAAGUAUACCUGUGCUUUCUGGACGAUGUACUAUCUGGGGGCGAUCUUGGCAAGUUGGACCUGCUACGGAACACAGAAACAUCUCUCAAAUGACUGGACGUGGCGCGUGCCCAGCAUCAUACAGGCCGGGUUUCCCCUCGUGCAGGUUGGGUUGUGGUGGGUUGUGCCUGAGUCACCGAGAUGGCUUGUUGCCAAAGGCCGUACUGAAGAAGCAAAAGGAUUGCUCGCCAAAUACCACACAGCUGGAGACGCUUUCCACCCGCUAAUUGAGUUCGAAAUGGCUGAGAUCGUGCGCACUAUAGAGCUGGAUAAUCAAGCUGCUGAGAUGGGCUGGUCUGCACUUGUGCAGACGCCGGGAAACCGGAAACGGACCUUUAUUGCAGUAUGCAUUGGUGCCUUUGCGCAGUGGAAUGGAGUGGCCGUGGUCUCAUACUAUCUGACCCUCGUCCUCGACACCGUCGGCGUCACCGACACAGACACGCAGACGCUCAUCAAUGGCCUGCUGCAAAUCUUCAAUUUUAUCGCGGCCCUGAGCGCGGCCUUAUUCGUCGAUCGACUCGGUCGACGAACCCUCUUCCUCUGGUCGGCAGUGGGCAUGCUCGUCUCCUUCAUAAUCUGGACUGCAUGCUCCGCCGUCUUUGACAGCAGCCAGGCCUCUGCCCUCGGCCGGACUGUCAUCGCAUUCGUCUUCAUCUUCUACUUCCACUACGACAUCGCCUAUACCCCCUUGCUACUCGGGUAUCCGACCGAGAUAUUCACAUACUCGACAAGGUCCAAGGGACUCACGGCGGAGCUGUUGUCUGUCUACGGGAGUCUGAUCAUCCUAGCCUUUGUGAAUCCGGUAGCACUGGACAAUAUCGGCUGGCGGUAUUACAUCUUCUUCUGCUGCUUCGAUGUCCUCGUUCUUGCGGUAACAUAUUUUGUCUUUCCCGAAACCAAGGGGUAUUCCCUCGAAGAGAUCGCAAAGGUCUUUGACGGGCCGGCUGCUGUAUCGUCGAGCGAGGUGCUUGAGGGUAAGAAGGGCGCGGUGGGAAGUGCAGAGCACACGGAGAAUGUCUAG